AUGCAUCUUCUUUAUCUAACGGAAAGAGAAUUUUCUGAUGAUGAUUCAAAAACAAGUGCUGAUGAAAUUGCUGCAUCGCAGCAAUUAUUUGAAGUUUUAAAAUCAUUUAUAGACAGCUAUUUUAAUGAACUCGAUGUGUACGAAACUCUCGACUUUGAUGAUGAAUAUGAUGAAAUAACUGAAGAAGAAGAAAGUACUGAUGAAGAAGAUGAAAGCAUCGAUGACAUGGAUGAUUUUGAUGAAAAUCAACAAAUGCAUAUUUAUAAUCAAUUUACAUUGGAAGAAAUGGAAGAUAUAAUCGAAUGGGCUGAUCAACAUCCAAAUUAUAAGUUUACGACUAUUAAACAUAGAUUUCGAAGAGUCAAAUUCCCCAAUUAUAUAUCAAGAUUUCGAGAAUAUAUUAAAGAGAAUGGCACAAGACUUGAAAAACUCGAUAAAAUCAAGCAGUUUAUGUGGGAUGAAUUUUAUAUCAAGAGAACUAUUGAAAAAGAAGCUGUUCAUGAUACUGAUUUAGAACGUUUUGCAAUUCAAAAAGCAAGAGAAUUAAAUUGA